CUGUUAGGGUUUAAUAAGACGUUGAUUUUGAACGAAAGAGAGCUUCGCGACUCUAAUCAACAAUGGCGUCCAAUUCAGGAAAACAGGCUCUUCAGCGAGUGAGGUCAUUUCUCACCUCCACCCGUAAAUUCCAAUCUCAAUCUAGUACAACCGGAUUGUCGCCGGAGACUUGUAAAACCUUCUCUAGCAUCUCCGGUCGCCGAAACCCUCGUUUGUUGUCCAGGCUUCCAGUGGAGUUGGGUGGUAUGCAGUCUCUGAUGCCUCUUCAUUCAGCAACUGCUUCAGCAUUGCUCAACUCAAUGUUGUCCUCCAAGGUUGGCCAGUGGGGUACACUAUCUGAAGGAUUUGCGACCCCACUAUAACAUGGCCUUAAAAUACCACAAACAUAUGAAGAUGUUACAACAAAUGCAUUUGGGAGUUUUUCUUUUGUUCUCUUUUCUUCCCAAAUAAUUUCCCAUAACUAGAACUCGAUGCAAAUGAUACAGGUGUUUUUGUAAUGAAAGCUAGGUGAACAUUUCAUUUGUGCUUGGGUUUUUGUGGCAUUCUUUAAAUACUGUUAAUCCUAUUUACAGAAAACUUGUUUGUUGUACUACCAUAUUAGCAUUUUGUGUGAAUCUAAUACCCGCGUAAUGAAUCCAAUUUAAGAACAAA